UUGUGUGACUGUCAAGCUUUUCACCACCAUGUCAGCUCCGCUCUUCUUUUGACUUUCUUUGUUUAUAGUUAUACCUAACCUAAUAAGUUCUUCUAGAUGUCUUCUUGCAGAGCUGAAGACUCUUGAUGCUUCCUACUUUCACUCCUUCCAAGCUGCUAACAAACUCACAAUUGCAAGAUGUGAUCAUGAGAAGAAGAAGGGUGCUGAUGUUUGCAUUUUGGAUGUAAUUGGACAGAAUAAUACCGACCGCCUUUUCGUUGUUACCCAGCAUGUGGAUCUUUGAAACAGGCCUCAGGAGGGAGGCUAGUGUUUUACUAGUACAUCCUUAAAUAGUUAAAUCAAUAACUGAUUUCAUGCUAGUGUUUUGAUGAAUAUUAGUCAUGGCAGUGAAAUCAAUUUUUACUGUACCAAAGAUAUUUUUCCAGCUGUUGGGUGUGCUUUUUGGUGCAAGUGUUUGUGUGGGUAAAAUUCUUCUAGUCCCUAAUGUUCAGUUCUGGAAUGAUAGACAAAUUCCAUGGUCCUUCUUUCUUAAUUUUUUUAAUCAGUUUGUGUUGUAAUAGCACCUUUAAACGUGCAAUUUUAUUUGUCUCAUUUUCCUCCCUCCAGGAGCCUGGUGUUCCUUUAGUAUUUUCUAUAAGACAUGCCCUUUUCCUUGAGCUGCUAUCUGCAUUUCAAUAUCAGUUUGUCAAAGCUUCUCAAGAAGAAAGUCUACAUAAGACUGAAGAGGAUCAUAAGUUAUUGAAGAAGAUGACUAAAAGCCUUUUGGCGAAUGCAGUUGUGGGAGAGUUGUCUAAUGAUGUUGAAGGUUUAGGAUAUCAUGUUCGUGGAUUGCAGGCGCAUAACACAAGAAAGUGUAAUACUGGAAAGGAAAUAGGUGUGAAGGAUAGAGUUCAAUUCAAGAGAAAAAAGCUAAGGGUCCAAAUCCACUUUCGCUUAAGAAGAAAAGAAGCCAUGAAAACCUGAAUCCUGGGUCUGUUAAGGAAUGUAAUGAAGGUGACAAAAGAGUGAGGAGGAGGAAAAGGAAGACGCAAAUUAGAGAUAAAAGUGUUGCAGGGACAGACAGCAAAUGAUAGAUCAUUGCUAGUAUUUGCAGGCAGUAACAUUAACUUUAAAAUGUAAUUAAUAGAAACAAGUAACUCAUUGUUUGAUGUGGGUCAAAAUUUGUUUCGCAAACUAGAGAUUCAAUAUAUUUUAUCCCAGCUU